AUGCUGCUGCUGCUGCUGCUGCUGCUGGUAGUCGUGCUGCUGCAGCAGCUGCAGCAGCAGCAAGCGUUGCUGCUGCGUGAUCCUGCCCCACCACGGCUGCUGCUGUCUCCGCGGCCGCUGCAGCGGCUGCAGCAGCAGCAGCAGCAGCUACAGCAGCAGCAGCAACAGCUCGAGGCGCCUGCUGCUGCGCUUUUUGCUGCUCAGGCUUCCCUGGAUGCUGCAGAAACAAAUGCCUUGUCUCUCACGGGCUCUGUUGCUGCUGCUUUGGGAUCUGCUGCUGCAGCAGCAGAAGAGAUCAGCAGCUGCCGCGCAGCAGCGCAGCAGCUGCUGCUGAGCCUCGAAGCAAAAGGGGCCACCCAAGAGGAAGGACUUUCAACAAUCUAUUUGCUGCAUGCGGCGAAGAAGCAGCUGGAGUCCUGCAGCGCUGUUGUUGCAGAGCUGCACCGGUGGCACUUCAGAGUGCAGGAAGCGGAGCUGCUGCUGCAGUCGCUGCGGCCGGGGGGCCUGCAGCAAGCCUCGCAGCAGCGGGCGGUGCUGGAAGCUGCUGCUGUUGCUGCUGCGCUGCUGCAAGCUGCUUCUCUUCUUGCUGCUCUUCCGGAAUUCCAAGAAAGAAUUUUAACUGCCAAAAGACUCCAAGCCAGAGUCCUCGCCCUCGCCACUCUCCUGCUGAAGGAGUCUGUGGCGGAGACGAGCAUGGAGGGCUUUGGCUGCGCAGUUGCUGCUUUUGAAAAGCUGGGGGCCCAAGAAGUUUUGCUGCAGGAGCUUCCGGGGGCCCUCAGGGCUUUGCUGCAGCAGCAGUGGGCAGCACUGUGGGCCAGGACCCCCGCGGGCUGUGCUGCAGCUCUUGAGGGGCCCCUGGGGGCCCCCCUCGAGGCCCCCCUGGGGGGCCCCCUGGGGGCACCCCUGGGGGCCCCCAUGGGGGCCCCCCUGGGGGGCCCCCUGGGGGGGCCCCCCUUCGGGGCGGGGCCCCUGGGAAGCGGCGGGAGCUUCGAGGGGGCCUCCUUGGGGGCCCCCUUGGGGGCCCCCUUCAGUGGGGGGCCCCUCGAGGGGGGCCCCAUGGGGGGCCCCCAAAUGCAGCUGGGGGGCCCCCCUGAGGGGGGCUGCAUAGCAGAGCCUGAGGCCCUAAUGACUUAUGCAGAGAAGUGGACUGCUGCUGUGGAGCAGACCGCGGGCUUCAUCCGGGCUGCUGCAGCUUCUGUGGGGGCAGCAAGAAGACACAGCAGCAGCAGCAGCAGCAGCAGCAAAGCCAGCGAAAAGGGCCCCCACCAGACAAGGGCCCCCGGGGGGCCCCCCAGCCGUCGGCAGUCUUCGGAGAUGCUGCUGCCUUUUGGCUCUCUUGGGAAGCCCCAUUUGGCGGGCCAGGGGGGCCCCCCUGCUGCUAAGGCCCGGGGCCUCUGGCUGUCCCUUUUGCUGCAGUCUUUGGGGGCUGGUGCUGCAGUGCCGCUGCAGGACCUCGAGCGUUUGCUUCAGCGCUUUCGCCCGAAGCAGCAGCAGCAGCAGCAGCAGCAGCUGCUGCAGCAGCAGCAGCGGGAGCAGGAGCAAGAACAAGACGGGCUCCAGCUUGCUGAGCAGCUUCUGGAGGCCUACGAAGUUGCUGCUACCCUCAUUAAUGCCACUCCAGCCUUUGCAGAGACAGAAGUCUCCGAGCCGCACCUCUCUGUGGAGCUGCUGCCGCCGUCGCUGCUGUCAGUUUAUUCUGCUGCUGUCUCCCGGCGGCUGUCUUUGUCUCUGGAAGCUGCCCCACAAGGGGCUUCAAGAAAAGUGUCUCCUUUCCAGGCGGUGGCCCAAAUGCAGGAGGAGACGGAGACUGCUGUGAGGAGGCUUUUGGAGAUCCUCCCGUCUCUCUGCAGCAGCAGCAGCAGCAGCAGAAGUGCGGGGGGGCCCUUUGUUGCUGCUGCUGCUGACGGGGCCCUUGUCGAGCUGCUGAACCACCUCAGCCCCAGAGUCAACGCCUUCCACCAGUCCGUCGCCCACAAGGUAACAGCAGCAGCAGCAGCAGCAGCAGCAGCAAAGGCAAAGCAGCAGCAGCAGCGAAGCAGCAGCUGCUGCUGCUGCUUGUGCUGCGGCUGCAGACCUACUUCCAAGCGCCCCCUGCCCUGGGCGCCUGUCGGGAGCAGCAAGAAACAAGACCCUGUGCUGCUAUUCCAGCUGCUGCUGCUGCUGCUGCUGCUGUGCUCUCCUGCAGUCGCAAAGUUUGCUGCUGCAGCACAGGGAUCGGAUCCCAGCGGGGUCCCCUUUUGA